GCACCUCACCAGCUUCAGUCAUGAGGAUCCAUUUCCUUCUCUUCUCAUUCCUCCUGGUGCUGCUGUCUCCACUUGCAGCCUUUACCCAAAGAAUCAACAAUCCAAUAACAUGCAUGAACAAUGGAGGCAUAUGCUGGGGACCAUGCGCUCGUGGUUUUCGACAGAUUGGCAAUUGUGGCUUUUCUAAAUUCAGAUGCUGCAAGAUAAAACAGAUAAAAAGACCAAGAACCAGUGAGACAAAUAAAUCGCCAGAAUUUGCUCUUCCAUGAAGAUGCACAAAAUAAACCAAAUUAAUGUUCUUUGAUUACCUUCUCUAACUCCAGUUCCAGGAGACACAGCGGCAUCUUUUGACCUUAUGGCAACCAUUUACGCAGUACAUACAGAAAAAAUAUCAUACAAAUAAAUUAAUAAUAGUAGUAAUAAUUAUAAUUUUAAAAAUAGAGUCAUUG